AGUGAGAGCUCAAUACAUGCAGGUAAGGUGUGCUGCGCAUGUUCUUGCGCUUGUUGUCAAAGAUGCUGUGUUGUUGUAUCACAAGUCAGUUGGAAGGAUCAGAUCAGUUAUCAAGUUUGUUACCGGUUCUCCCUCUAGGUUGGCCAAAUUCAAAGAAUGUGCUGCUCUCGAGAAGAUUGAUUGUAAGAAGAUGGUUUUCCUUGAUGUGAAGACCAGGUGGAAUGCUACGUAUCUGAUGCUUGAAGCUGCCAUUCCAUAUGAAAAGGUAUUUAAGAGGUUAGAAAGGGAGGACAAGAGCUUUCGUUCUAAGUAUAUUUUCAAAGAAUCUGAAAGUGAAGCUUUACCUAAUACCGAUGAUGAUACUGUUGUAAUUGAUAAUGAAGAUUAUUAUCUUAGUUCAUCUAGUGAAUCUGAAUGUGAGGUAGAUGUAUCUAGAAAGAAUAAUAUUAAGAAAAAGAACAAGCCCCGUCAUCAUGCUCCCUAUGCUGCAGACUGGUCAUAUGCUAGGUGUCUUGUUAAGUGUUUAAAAAUCUUCUUUGAUGUUACUGUUAAGUUCUCGGCUUCAGUUCAGGUUACUUCACAUGAAUUUCUAUGGCAGUUGGCAUUGAUCCAUGAACAGUUGGUUCGUCUUAGAGCUAUAGGAAACCGAGAUCCUCAUAUUUCUAGGAUGGCAGAAAUAAUGUUUCGGAAGUAUAACGCAUAUUGGGGGGAUUAUGAAGAUAUGAACUCUAAAGAAUCUGGUUUGAAAUUUGAUCUGGAAUGUUUGUAUGAGCAAGAUGAUUUCAGGGUUACAACUGUUUUGAAGGCUGUGAAACAAGAUAUGGGAAGACUUUAUGAUGAGUACACCAGCAUGUAUUCAAAUGCCAAUGCAGAGGAAGGUAUUGGGUCAACAGCUGCUGCUGGUGUUGAUGACAUGGUUGUUUCUGUGCAAGAAGAGAACAUUGAGGAUAUGCUUGAAUCAAGGAAGAAAAGGCGAAGAAUGGAUGUUCAUAGUACUCAUCCAAAGUCAGAACUUGAAAGGUAUUUGCUUGAUGACUGUGAAGCGUCUACCAGGGAGUUUGAUAUUCUGGCAUGGUGGCAGGCUAAUAGUACCAAGUACAAGGUGCUAUCACUUAUGGCGAAGGAUAUUUUGGCAAUACCAGUGUCUUCUGUUGCAUCAGAAUCUGCAUUCAGUACCGGAAAGCGCAUUCUUACCCCAUGGAGAAGCUCGCUAUCUGCCAGGACAGUUGAAGCACUUCUCUGUACGCAAAGCUGGUUGCAGAAACCUAUCUCUCUUGAUUUUCUGUGUGACUAUGUACCAGAUGACAAUUCCAACAUUGAAGAUGACAUUUUGGGAAAGGAUGAAGAUUAAGGGGAUGAUUGGCUUGAGAGAUGGAUGGACUGCAAUCUUUUACUGGUCUGCUACUUGAGAAAUGAAGAUCAAAUGGAUGACUCUUUUUCUUUUA